AUGGCUGACAAGAUGGAUCGCGGUCUCGACGAGAUCAUCGCUGAUACUCGCUCCAAUCGACCUCGCAACAACCGUGGCCAAGGUCGCCGACGUGAACCGCGUAAUGAUUUCCCUCGCGAUGGUGUUAGAAAGGUUGAGCGUCCCUCCCCUUUGCAGUCUGCUCGCGACGAUUCUCGAAACAUUGAUAGCGAAUGGGUCCACGACCGAUUUGAAGAGAACAACAACCGCCGAGCACCUGCUCCCCGUCGUCGCCGUGAUUCCCCAGAACAAGAUUCCAAGGGCACAAAGAUUCGCGUCGAGAACAUCCACUAUGAUCUCACUGACGAUGACCUUUCUGAGCUAUUCCGACGAAUUGGGCCCGUCAGCCGCCUUCAACUUCGAUACGAUCGCGCUGGAAGAUCUGAAGGCACCGCCUACGUGACCUACGAACAAAAAGAGGACGCCGAAGAAGCGGUCAAGCAGUUCGAUGGCGCGAAUGCCAAUGGCCAACCUAUUCGAUUGACCCUUCUGCCCAGCCGAAACCCCUUCGAUACUGCCGUUAUGCCUGGCCGUCCAUUGUCGGAGCGUAUUUCCAGCCCUGGAGACAGACGAUCCCAUUCGCCCCACCGCCGACGCGAUGACGACGAUGCUGCCCGUAGAGGAAUCGAUAGAUAUGUUCCUGGUCAAGGCUCUCGCCGAAGCCCAAUGCCUCGAAGCCGCGGUCAGGGCCAGGGUCAAGGUCGGGGUCAGGGCGGGCGUCGUCCUGGUGCUCGACGUGAAGGUAGAGAGGGAGGCGGCAGAGACCAGGAGGGAAGCCGAGGUGGCCGAGGCAACCGUCCUAGCAAGAAGACACAGGAGGAGCUGGAUGCAGAGAUGGCUGAUUAUUUUGGCGGAGACAACGCGCAGGCCGCAGAGCCCGGUAAUCAGCAAGAUGCGCCCCCUGCUCAGGCACCUGCAGCUGCCCAGCCUCAAGCACAAGCUGCGACCGACGACAUCGACAUGAUUGAGUAG